UUAUUGUAAGUUGAGAUCGAGAGUUUAGAGAGAUAAGAUGGUGGAUAGAGAUAAAGUCUUGAAAUGCCAAUCCAAACGGCCAACUAGACUUACAUUUGACCAAUACCCAUCCAUGACUUUAGGUUGGUUGUAACCCACGAGGAAGCUUAUAGGUAGCUCUAAUAUGACCCAUAAGAGAGCCUGGUGGUAGCACAUAGAAUCUAUGAAAAUUUAAUUUAAAGUUAGUUUAGAGACAGUAGGAGUUUUGAGAUAGCUCAGAUAACUCAUGAGAGAGCCUAGUGGUAGCUCAGAUAAUCCAUGAGAGAGCUUAAAGGUAGUUUACAAAACUCGUGUUAGAGUCUAAAGAUAGUUUAGAAGAACCAUGUGGCACUUAGAGGUAGUCUAAGAAGUUAAGAAGAAAGCUCAAAAGUAGCUUAGAAUAAUCACGGGAGCUCGAUGAAAGACUCAAGUCAUAGCCCUAUGAAGCUCACAACAAAAUGAUUCAUGGAAGAGUUAAAGAAAAGCUGACCAAGUGAGGCAUCGACUAUGGCUUUAAGGAGCCAUCAUUAUGAGCCUAAGGGAUUGGUAUUAUAGGAGGUGGCCCAAGUGGCUUGUCAGCUGCUUAUGCAUUGGCAAAGCUUGGUUACACUGGAGUAACAGUCUUGGAGAAGAAUCAUGAUGUUGGGGGCAUGUGUGAGUCGGUGGAAAUUGAAGGUAAAAUAUAUGAUUUGGGAGGUCAAGUUCUUGCUGCCAAUAGUGCUCCAACAAUCUUUCACUUAGCCAAAGAAACUGGCUCUGAAUUAGAAGAACUGGACUCCCAUAAGCUAGCCCUCAUUGAUACUUCAGGGGAAUAUCAAGACAUACGCGUCGCAGAUGAUUAUACGUCCAUUAUCUCACUCACCUUACAACUCCAGGACAAAGCUAAGGAUUCAGGACAUAUUGGUGUUCAUGCUGUGAGUGCAUUUGCAUCUGACUUAACUCCUACAUAUCUUGAGGCUCGUGGACUAACCUCUGUUCCAAAAUCUGUGGCUUAUGGUUACACUGCUUCUGGUUAUGGGUUUGUACAAGAUAUGCCUUAUGCUUACGUGCAUGAGUUCACGCGCACUUCAAUGGCUGGUAAAAUUCGACGCUUCAAAGGUGGAUAUGGAGGCCUCUGGAAGAGGAUCAGCGAGUCACUUCCAAUCAAAGUUCACUGCAAAACUGAAGUUGUGUCUGUGAGACGGAGUUCUAAUAGUGUAACUCUUCGUGUCAUGGACCGUGACAAAAAUUUAGCAAGUUUGGAGUUCGAUAAGAUUAUCAUCUCUGGUUCAUUUCCUUUUAGAAAUUGUAGAACUUACAGAUCCUCAAGCCCAAAAUUAUCAGAAGAAGGAGCUGAGGUAAUGGAUAUGAGCCGCCUCGAAGAGGAGUUGUUCAGUAAAGUAUACACGAUCGACUAUUACACCACAGUUUUGAAGAUAGAUGGCCUAGAUCAUUUACCGCUUGGUUUUUAUUACUUUGGGAAACAUAUGGACAAUCCGGAAACAAUUGGCUAUCCAGUUGCCAUGCAGAAAUUCUACCCAGACACUAAUAUUUUCCUGCUCUGGUCUUAUGGUAACUCGGCCGACAUUACAGGUCCAAAUGUGACUGCGCUGGCAAUAAACACAAUUACGAAAAUGGGAGGAGAAGUUAAGAAGGUGAUUCUACAAAGAAGAUUUAAAUAUUUUCCCCAUGUUUGUAGCAAAGAUAUGGAGGAUGGAUUCUACAAGCGAUUGGAAUUGGAGCUACAAGGUUCAUUGAACACGUAUUACACAGGAGGGCUUAUGGCUUUUGAACUUACGGAGAGGAAUUCUUCAUACGCCAUGGCAUUAGUAUGCAAGCACUUUGCUAACGACAACUCAUCUCCAACGUUUUCUUAUGCCAAGCCCAUGUUUCUCUUUCAAUCAAAACAAGAAAGGGAUGCCAAGGGGUUAGGUGAAUUACCAGGAGUGGAGUUCCCCAAUUUGUCCUCGCUCGAUGGCUAUUUAAGGCACUGGGGUUCUCAUCACGUCACUCGAGAUAGAGUACUUUACACUUGGCUCAAUGAAGAAGGGUCAGUGUUAGGCCAGCGAACCUACAGAGAGCUUCAUCUCAAUGCUUCUUGCAUUGCUCAAAAGCUGCUGUCAAACCAGAAGCCUUCAAUAAAACCAGGGGAUCGAGUUCUUCUCAUAUAUGUUCCUGGCCUCGACUUCAUUGAUGCAUUCUUUGGAUGCUUAAGAGCUAAAGUUCUACCAGUUCCAGUUCUUCCUCCCGACCCCUUGCAGAGAGGUGGCCAAGCACUUUUGAAAAUCGAAUACAUUGCAAAAUCAUGCAGUGCUGUCGCUAUUCUAUCAACCCUUAGUUAUCACUCAGCAGUUAGAGUAGGCAAGGUGAAGAAUAUGAUUGGCUUGACGAGAGAAAAUGGAAAAUCUUCAGCUGUCUGGCCUAAACUUCCGUGGAUGCACACUGAUAGUUGGAUAAAGAAUUUUGCUAAUUUGACUCCUCCAGAUACAAUGGCUGACCAAUCUGAUCCUCAUCCAGAUGAUGUAAGUUUUUUGCAAUUUACGUCCGGGUCAACAGGUGAUGCUAAAGGAGUCAUGAUUACACAUGGUGGCCUCAUUCAUAAUGUGAAGUUGAUGCGCAGAAGAUACAAGAGUACCUCAAGGACAGUCCUUGUUAGCUGGCUACCUCAAUACCAUGACAUGGGGCUGAUUGGUGGACUUUUCACUGCUCUUGUGAGUGGUGGAACUGCAAUCCUUUUUUCUCCAUUGACAUUUAUAAAAAAUCCCCUUUUAUGGCUGCAUACUAUGAGCAAAUAUAAAGCUACUCAUAGUGCAGGUCCCAACUUUGCCUUUGAGUUGGUGGCUCGAAGAUUAGAGGUUAACAAGGGCAAGGUUCAGACGUAUGACCUUUCUUCCAUGGUUUUCCUCAUGAUUGCUGCUGAACCUGUUCGGAAAACUACUUUGAAAAAAUUUCUUGAGCUAACUGUCCCUUUUGGCCUAACUGAAGAGAAGAUGGCCCCUGGUUAUGGAUUAGCAGAAAACUGUGUAUUUGUGAGUUGUGCUUUUGGAGAAGGAAUUCCCAUCUUCGUAGACUGGCAAGGGAGAGUUUGCUGUGGAUAUGUGGAUCAAGAUAAUACAGAUAUUGACAUACGAAUAGUCAAUCCGGGGACUGGCAAGGAGCUUGAAGAAGAUGGAAAAGAAGGAGAGAUAUGGAUCAGUAGUCCGAGUGCUGGAAUUGGAUAUUGGGGAAGGGAAGAAUUGAGCCAAGAGACAUUCAGAAAUGAGCUCCAAAACCAUCCUGGCCGGAGAUAUACUAGAACUGGUGACUUGGGAAGAGUGAUUGAUGGGAAGCUAUUCAUAACUGGAAGGAUAAAGGAUCUCAUUAUUGCAGCAGGAAGAAACAUCUAUCCAGCAGAUGUUGAAAAGACAGUUGAGAGCUCAUCCGAUCUCCUACGCCCAGGUUGUUGUGCAGUCAUUGGUGUUCCAGAAGAAAUCCUGAUGGAAAAGGGUAUUCAAGUUCCUGAUUGUUCUGACCAAGUUGGUUUGGUUGUGAUUGCUGAAGUUAAGGAUGGUAAGCCUAUUGCUAAGGAUAUCAUUGACCAAAUUCAGAAUCGUGUGGCAGAAGAACAUGGGGUUAGUGUUGCUUCAAUUAAGUUGAUAAAGCCUAGGACCAUCAGUAAAACAACAUCAGGAAAAAUAAAGAGAUUUGAAUGCCUCAAACAGUUUGUCGAUGGAACUCUUAAUGUAGUACCAGAAGCAAUAAAGCUCAGGAGGACUUUUCUUCGAUCCUUCAGUACAGGGACAUGUAAGGAGGGAAUUACGCCUCGUCCUCAGCAAACGAAGCUUUCAAGAGCUUCUGUGCCUUCUGUUCAACCGGGUCUCAGAAUAAGUAAUAGGGAUAUUGAAGAGUUUUUGAAAGGGCUGGUAUCUGAACUGACAAAUAUUUCAAUUAACAAAAUUUCUGCCACAGAAAGUUUAUUGUCAUAUGGAAUUGAUUCGAUUCUUGUGGUCAGAGCAGCGCAGAAACUUUCUAAUUUCCUGGGAGUGCCAGUUGGGGCUGUGGAUAUUUUCACAGCAAGUUGCAUUGCAGACUUGGCAAGUAUCUCCGAGAAUAUUUUGGCCAAGAGUCAUGCACAAUCAACAAAAAAUACAACUAAUCCAACAUAUGAUACAAAUUGUGUGUUAGUCGGGAUGGAAACAGUUUCCUGGACUCGCCAAUUUGUCAUCUGGUUUUCCCAACUUCUGGCUCUCAUAUUUGUCGCUAUGAUGGUGCUCUUUCCUGCUUAUUUAUCAAUUUCAGCUUUCACAAGUUCCUUGCCUAUUCUCCACAACUUGACAGACAACAUUUCUUUGAUGGAUUAUCUAUUACCUUUGACUUUAGCUCCUCUAGCUUGGAUCCUUUGCAUAGUUUCUUCUUGCAUUUGUAUUGCAUUCUUCGGAAAUUCUUUUCUGAGACCAAAUUAUGCUCUCACCCCUGAAGUCUCCAUCUGGUCAUUAGAUUUUGUCAAGUGGUGGGCACUCUAUAAAGCACAAGAUGUUUCUUCUAAAGUCUUAGCUGUUCAUUUAAGAGGAACCGUGUUCCUAAAAUACUGGUAUGAAAUGUUUGGAGCAAGAAUAGGAUCCUCAGUUAUUCUUGAUACUGUAGAUAUCACUGACCCCUCUCUAGUGUCUAUCGGUGAUGGAGUUGCUGUUGCAGAAGGGGCUUUGAUUCAAAGCCAUGAGGUAAAAAAUGGAGUCUUGAGCUUUCUUCCAAUUAGAAUCGGCCGAAAUUCUUCCGUGGGACCUUAUGCUUCAAUCCACAAAGGUGCCAUUUUAGGAGAAGAAGUUGAAGUUCCAGCCCUGCAAAGGAUUGAAGGCAUUGAGACAACUUCCGGUAACAGAUGUUUUGAAAAGGGUAGCGAGCCACGGAGGAAUGCAGGUGAAAGACAGGAACGUGAGACCAUUUAUCACUUUUUUGGAAUCUACAUACUUGGCUUUUUGGGCUCUCUUUCUGCAGCUAUAGUCUACUAUUUCUACAUUUGGCUAUCUCAAAGCUCUCCUUCACUUCAACAUUUUUCAUUUCUUUGCUUAGUUGGAGCCUUCCACUGGAUACCAUUCACUGUAAUUGCUUAUGCUACCAUCUUUGCUGAAGUCCCAUCGAAUGCAAUUAGCUUUGCCAUCUUGUUUUCUUCCAUGUAUUUAUUUCAUGGCAUUAUACUAUGCAUCCUCACAUUUGUUGUGAAAAAUCUUCUCACCUCCAAACCUCAAAUGGAGCAAACCCCCCUGAAAAUUUGGCUUUGCCAUCGAAUUACCGCUGCUAGCCACCUUAGAUUUGCUAAACUCUUGUCUGGAACAGAAGCCUUUUGCAUAUACCUGCGCCUGUUGGGUGCAAAAAUUGGCAAACAUUGUUCAAUCAGAGCCAUCAAUCCAGUAUCGGAUCCAGAACUCAUUUCUAUUCGCACGGGUGUGCAUCUUGGUGACUUCAGCAGAAUUAUUUCUGGAUUCUAUUCAACUAAUGGCCUUACUCGUGGGAAAAUCGAGGUACAAGAAAAUUCUGUUAUAGGCAGCCAAAGUAUAGUCCUUCCUGGAUCUGUGAUUCAAGAAGACGUCGUUCUUGGUGCACUCUCAGUUUCCCCAAUGAACUCAACACUCAUAAGGGGAGGUAUUUAUGUUGGUUCUCGAACUCCAGUCAUGAUCAAGAAUACUAUGCACAUAUUAGAUGAAAGAAUAGAAAAGAUGGACAAGAUCUACAAGAAGAUAGUUGGCAACCUGGCUGCAAAUUUAGCCGCUACGACUUUGAAAGUCAAAGCAAGGUACUUCCAUCGAAUUGGUGUUAGUGGGAAGGGAUAUUUGAAAAUUUACGACAACAUUAAAGGUUUACCUGAUCACAAGAUAUUCUCUCCUGGGAAGAGUUACCCUGUGUUCAUCAGACAUAGCAACAGCUUGAGUGCCGAUGAUGAUGCCAGGAUCGACGCUCGUGGAGCAGCAUUGAGAAUACUUUCAGAUGGAUCAGACACUACCCCACUCCUUGACUUGACAUUGAAAACAGGCAAUGCAUUCUAUGCAAGAACAAUUGCAGACUUUGCAUCAUGGCUAGUUUGUGGACUUCCUGCAAGAGAACAGCAUGUCAAGAAAGUUCCACAUAUCCGUGAUGCAGUAUGGAAUUCUCUCCGUUUAACCAAUUCAUAUACAGAGCUACAUUAUUACUCAAACAUAUGUCGAUUGUUCCGAUUCAAUGAUGGACAAGAAAUGUAUGUGAAGUUAAAAUUGAGGCCAUACGAUAAAACAAUCGAUGAGGAUUCUGGUAAGGUUGAGCCGAUUGGAAUUCUCCCGCCAGAGACAGGUGCAAUUCCAAGAGCUGAUGAUGACAAACGCCCAUUGCUGUUUUUGGCUGAAGAUUUCCUUAAUCGUGUGAACUCUCCUGAAGGUGUUCGUUACGUUUUUCAGAUUCAAACUCGUCCAGUUCCACAAGAUGAAGCUGAACGAGACAUCGCACUUGACUGCACUAAACCUUGGGAUGAAACUGAGUUUCCAUGUCAAGACAUCGGAGAAAUUGAAAUCCAUCAAAGUCUAUCAAAAGAAGAAUCUGAAGCACUCGAAUUCAACCCCUUUCUUCGAUGUCACGAGGUUGAUGUCAUUUCAGCUACAUCAAUCUCCCAGAGUGCUUCAAUCGAUCAUGGCCGUUCAUUAAUCUACGAAAUUUGCCAGCAUUUGCGAAAUGGAACUCCCCUUCCAGAAGCCUGGAAAAUCUUCCUUCAACAAUCAGAUACAAAAGUAGAUCUCUCUGGUUGUCCAAUGGCUGCAGCUUUAAAGGAAAGGGCCAAUGAAAAGACAGCGCUGGACAGAACUUGGUAUCAGAACCUCUGGCUUACAUUCUUUCAACCAACAUUUCAAACAGCUCUGCCUUAUUUCAUCAUGGGUUUGGUCAUCUUUCCUCCACUAGCUUCUGUUAUGCACCUGAAGGAAAACAAGAAACUUCCUUUGCAUUGGUUACUUCCAUUGUUGUGGGUGUCUUCAGGUAUAAUAGCUGCACUUUGUUGUAUUGUAGCAAAAUGGAUUCUAGUGCAGAAGAAGAAAGAAGGGGAAACAAUAGGGAUUUGGAGCAUAAGGAUUUUCAUGGACACAACAUGGCAGGCCAUUAAAACAGUGGUGGGAGAUUAUUUCAUGGAAAUGACAACUGGGUCUUUCAUAUUUGUGCUGAUAAUGAAGUUGAUGGGUUCAGAUGUGGAUAUGGACCAAGGGACUUAUGUAGACAGCAUGGGAGCUUUGUUGAAUCCUGAAAUGGUGAAGAUCCAUAGAGGAGGCAGUGUGGGAAGAGAAGCACUAUUAUUUGGACACAUAUAUGAAGGAGGAGGUGAAGUUAAGUUUGGAAAUAUUGAGAUUGGAGAAGAUGGUUUUGUGGGUAGCAGAGCAAUAGCCAUGCCUGGAGUAAGAGUGGAGAGUGAAGCAAGUAUUGCACCUCUCUCUUUAGCUAUGAAAGAAGAAAUCAUAAGAGCAACUUAGCUAUCUACUUAGAUUAGAGUUGAUAACAUCUUUUCUUGAGUGAUUGAAUAAUAAAUUGUUGUAUCGUAUUAUGGAUAAAUAGACAGGUUGCUGAUCUUUAUACUCUUCAAACACAUAUAUAAAAUAAAAGAAACCAAAAAAGAUGUACUCACUUUUGCA